UGUUGAUCAGGUGUAAUUGUAAGGUGUACCUAUUUUGUUGUGAUUUAGAAUUUUUAUUUUUAAACAAGAAUAAGAACUUGACUUAUUUAUAUAUGCAUGCGUAAACUAUAAUAGCGCAGAGAGUUUGAAAGUGUACGACAGAAAGGAAUAUUUAUCACAAUAUAAAUAGAAAACAAAAACACAAAAGAAACUUAAAUUUUUAAGUUUAAAUCAACACUUUCAUAUGGUUCCUACAAAAUGAUUGACGAAAAUUUGGACAUGAGCCCCGAAGAGGUUCUUCAAAUGAAAGAAAUCAAGGAAUGGAUUAAAGAAAAUCAUAAUUUAAAAGUGAAAGCUAGUGACGAUUUAAAUAUAUUGUAUUUUAUUAGAAGUGCUAAAAAUGAUUGUUGUCGUGCAAAGAUGAAAAUCGAGAAAUUUUCAAAAAUGCGCAGAGAUUGCAAAGAAUGGUUUUCAAAUCGUAAUCCAUUUUUGCCUGAGAUGCAAGAGUUAUUUAAAAUAGGAGUAUUUCUUCCAAUUCAAAGUAAACCCAAUGAACCAUUUAUUGUCGUCAUAAGAACCGCUGCGCAUGAUCCUUCCAAACAUGUAUUUGACAAUGUCUUAAAGUGCAGUAAAAUGAUUCUUGACCUUCUUAUGCGACUUGAACCUACGAUCUCAAAAACUGGAGUUGUGGCCAUUUUAGAUAUGAAAGGUGUCAGUUUUGGGCAUGCAUUACAAUUAACACCUAAUGUUAUAAAAAAAUUAGUUAGUAGCAUGGAAUCGUAUCCUAUUAAAGUAAAAUUAUUAGAAUUCGUUCAUUGUCCACCUCAUAUAAAUUUCAUAUUGAAUACGUUUCGAUUGUUCAUGUCACAGAAAAUGAAAUCUAGAUUGGUGGUAAGAGUUUCUUCUUCUGAAGUCGAAGCUGAUUUACCUUCCAACUUAGGUGGGAAAGGAAGUUCUUAUCAAGAAAUAGCAUCAAAUUGGAAGAAAAUUGUUGAGAAUAAUUCAAGUUUUUAUGAAGGAAAUGACUAAAUAUGUAUGUGUUUAUCAA